CUCCGCCACGCUUCUCCACGCGCAGCGCUCGCCCGAGGAGCUAGAAGUCAACUUGGAGCGGCGCCGGGACAGUGGAUGGCCUUGACUGACGGCGGCUGGUGCCUGCCAAAGCGGUUCGGGGCCUCGGCUGUGGACGCCGGCGAUUCCGGGGCCUUCCCAGCUCGACAGCCUUCCUCGCCGUCUUCCCCCAUCUCUUCCUCGUCCUCCUCUUGCUCCCGGGGCGGGGAUCGCGGUCCCUGCGGCUCCAACCAUCACUGCCGGACUCCGCAGCUCGACCCCGAGGCGGUGGCGGGACCUCCGGCCCGCUCGCUGCUGCUCAGUCCUUACGCGUCGCAUCCUUUCGGUGCUGCGCACGGACCUUCGGCUCCCGGGGUCGCUGGCCCCGGGAGCGCCCUGUCCAGCUGGGAGGACCUGUUGCUCUUCACUGACCUCGACCACCAGGCCGCCACCGCCAGCAAACUGCUGUGGUCCAGCCGGGGAGCCAAGCUGAGUCCCUUCGCCCCGGAGCAGCCCGAGGAGAUGUACCAGACCCUGGCCGCCCUGUCCAGCCAGGGCCCGGCCGCUUACGACGGCUCGCCCGGUGGCUUCGUGCACUCGGCGGCGGCGGCCGCGGCGGCCGCGGCAGCCGCCAGCUCCCCGGUCUACGUGCCCACGACCCGCGUGGGUUCCAUGCUGCCCGGUCUACCGUACCUGCAAGGGGCGGGCAGCGGGCCCGGGAACCACGCGGGCGCUUCGGCCGCGCACCCAGGCUGGCCCCAGGCCUCGGCCGACAGCCCCCCGUACGGCGGCGGCGGCGGCGGCGGAGGGGGCGCUGCGGGCGGCGGCGCGGGGGGACCCGGGGGUGCCACCUCGGCCUCCGCGCACGCCUCGGCCCGCUUCCCCUACUCGCCCAGUCCGCCCAUGGCCAACGGAGCCGCGGCGGCCGCCGCUGCCGCCGCCGCCGCCGCCGCCGCCGCGCGGGACCCCGGGGGUUACGGCGGGGCCGGAGGCGCGGGCAGCGUGAGCGCCGGGGGCGGAGGCCUGGCCUCCAUGGGCGGCCGGGAGCCUCACCAGUACAGCUCGCUGUCCGCCGCCAGACCGCUCAACGGGACGUACCACCAUCAUCACCAUCACCACACCAGUCCUUACUCGCCCUACAUGGGGGCGCCCCUGACACCCGCCUGGCCUGCGGGACCCUUCGAGACCCCGGUGCUGCACAGCCUACAGAGCCGCGCCGGAGCCCCGCUCCCCAUGCCAAGGGGUCCCAGCGCAGAGCUGGUGGAGGACCUGCCCGAGAGCCGCGAGUGCGUGAACUGCGGCUCCAUCCAGACGCCGCUCUGGCGGCGGGACGGCACCGGCCACUACCUGUGCAACGCCUGCGGCCUCUACAGCAAGAUGAACGGCCUCAGCCGGCCCCUCAUCAAGCCGCAGAAGCGCGUGCCUUCGUCACGGCGGCUUGGAUUGUCCUGUGCCAACUGCCACACCACAACCACCACCUUAUGGCGCAGAAACGCUGAUGGUGAACCCGUCUGUAAUGCUUGCGGACUCUACAUGAAACUCCAUGGGGUGCCUCGACCACUUGCUAUGAAAAAAGAAGGCAUUCAAACCAGGAAACGAAAACCCAAAAACGUAAAUAAAACAAAGACUUGCUCUGGUAAUAGCAAUAAUUCUGUUCCUAUGACUCCAACUUCCACCUCUUCUAAUUCAGAUGACUGCUCCAAAAAUACUUCCCCUUCAACCCAACCAACAGCCUCAGGGGCCGGUGCCCCUGUGAUGUCUGGAGCAGGAGAGGGUACCAACCCUGAAACCAGCGAGCUCAAGUACUCAGGUCAAGAUGGGCUCUACAUCGGCGUCAGCCUGUCCUCACCUGCCGAGGUCACAUCCUCAGUGCGACAGGAUUCGUGGUGUGCGCUGGCCCUGGCCUGAGUCAGCGCUGCCAGGAGGCUGGGAGGGGCUCCGAGGACCGCGCGGUCCAGCUGUGGGCAACAGCGCAGAUAGAACAUUCCUCCGACGUGUGAUUUCUGUGCCUUUGUUUUUGAAAGCCAUCUACUUCCCAAGAAGCUUGCUGAAGGAAGGAAGAGGAGGAGACGGGCUCUUCUGGGAUGGACCAGGGUGGCAGGCGUGUGGUCUGCUCUCUCCAGCCAGGGAUCCCUCCGGCCAGCCUGCCUCUGGGUGUGCCCCUGCGCCACUGGCGGAAGCUGUGACUAUGAUGGAACCUUGCUUGAUAAGGAAGAAUGAGAGAGAUUUUUUUUUUAAAAAAAGGUUUUAUGUAUAUCGUCCAAAAAUCAUGUGCCCAUGUGAUCAAUUUUGGUUAUCCCAGAAUUUCUUCAUACCCGUUUUCCGUGUGCAUUUCACGAGCAUUGGUGGAGAAGACCACUGGAGGUCAUUUGGUACAUUGUGGAGGCUGAGUUGGGUCCUGGGUCUCUUGACAAGAACAUCAGUUUGCAAAAUUGCAUUAUAAUUCUGGACACUGUGACUUAAUUCCUUCAGAACUCAUCUUAACGUGACUGGUCUGACUGAGGUCGCUUGGAAUUUGUAAACAGGGUAGCAAACGAGAUAUUUUUUCUUCCAUGUACACAAUAAUUUUUUUUUUUAAAAAGUGCAAUUUGCGUUGCAGCAAUCAGUGUUAAAUCAUUUGCAUAAGAUUUAACAGCAUUUUUAUAAUGAAUGUAAACAUUUUAACUUAAUGGUACUUAAAAUAAUUUAAAAAAUGUUAACUUAGACAUUCUUUUACUUCUUUUACACCCAUAUCCCAUUUCUAUUUUCCCGAUGGUAUAAGAAAACUAUUUCAAGAACAAAUCUUCUCUCAGGAAAAUUGCCUUUCUCCAUUGAAGAAUUUUUAUACAUGAACACCAAGACACCCCUUUCUCUUACUGUGGAACAUAUGCUGGAAAAUUGCAACAGAACUUUACUACCUAAGGAAUAGCGUUUGUAAAUAUUCUAGACAUCUGUCAACACCCUUGAAGUCUAUAUAGUGUGACUAGCCCACAGGUUGGUUGACAUUAAUUUUUUUUUUUUAAUGGGAUGUCAUGGAAACCUAUCUCACCAGAGUUUUAAAAAUAAAAAAGGGUAUUGUUUUGUCUUCUGUAAA